AUGGAACCCGGAAUCGCGGCCACAAUCGCCAUGGAAACCAGAAUCGCAGUCAUAGCCACGGUCCGCAUCAAUUUUACUUCAAUCAUUUGCGUGGCACUGGAUGGUUCUCGGCCACGGAUGGAAAUGCUCUUGCAGAGCACGCCGCAAGACUCUUAUUGCCACGGAAUAAGCUAUGGGGACGGGUAUGCGGUCGAAUUCCUAGGUUUCCCCCGGACCGAAAUACCUCGUCUCCAUGUGACAAUCGUCUCAUCGGAAACGUGUGUACUCAUCGAGCAAGACGAGUCCAUGAUCAUAAGGUCUGUGGGUGUCCAAGUCGCCCUCACCGAAGCUAACGAGCGUCAGUGGGUUAUGGACUCCCCAGAUCGAAUUUUGCAGCGGACGCUCGGCCCCAUUUUGAUCUCGCGUGGUGGCACAAUCAAAAGGAAUACGGAC